AUGAAGAAAUCACAGCUUGUUUUUGUCCCUGUCCCUGGGAUCGGCCACCUUGUAUCCGUUGUAGGGUUUGCAAAGCUCAUUCUUGAGAGAGAUGACAGUUUCUUGAUAUCCAUGCUUGUCAUCAACAACCCAUAUGCUCCUAGCAUAAGCAACUACGUUGAGUCCCUUGCUGCCAUCCACACUCAAAUUAACUUCAUCACUAUUCCUGAGAAAGUAGUUGAGGCACCGCCUCUUGAAGUUUUUGUGGGGAGACCUGAAAGCACUUUUACCCAAUUCCUCAGGGAACACAACCCUUUUAUAAAAGAUGCUAUUGUUAACCAAGUGAUGGCAAACAGCCCAGUUCCAAUUGCUAGUGUUAUUGUUGAUUUGUUUUGCGUUUCCUUUAUUGAUGUUGCAAAAGAACUUGGUGUCCCUUCUCAUGUUUUCUUUUGCUCUGAUGCUGCCUUUUAUGGAUUGAUGCUGUACCUUUCAGAGAGCGAGGACAAGGGUGAGCCUAAGUUUAGAGAAACUGACCCUCAUUAUAUCAUUCCUUAUUAUGCCAAUCCAGUGCCUUAUCGUGUUUUGCCAUUACUCCAUCGCGAUACAGCAUAUGAGACGUUUGCAUGGCUUGGAAGAAAAUACAAAGAGAGCAAUGGUAUCAUCAUUAAUACGUUUUCAGAGCUAGAGUCUCAUGCAGUUCGGGCUCUAGUGACGAGAGAUGAUUUGCCACCAACUUUCACAGUGGGGCCAAUAAUUGAUCACAAGGGAAAGAGCCUAACAGGAUCUGAGGCCGCCAAAUGCGAAGAGAUCACGAAAUGGCUUGAUGAUCAACCUGAAAAAUCAGUGGUAUUCUUGUGCUUUGGAAGUCAAGGAGCUAUGAGAGAAGCUCAGUUGAAAGAGAUAGCAAUUGGGCUCGAGCGGAGUGGACACCGGUUCUUGUGGGCGGUUCGCAAGCCACCCGGUCCAGGUGAGGGUUUGCCCGGGUUUUACACCAGUUAUGACGAGAUCUUACCGGAGGAGUUCUUGGAAAAGACAAAAAAUAUUGGAAUGCUCUGCGGGUGGGCACCGCAGGUACAAGUCCUCGCUCAUAAGGCAGUCGGGGCAUUUGUAUCACAUUGCGGAUGGAACUCAACCUUGGAGGCCUUGUGGUCUGGUGUGCCUAUAAUAACCUGGCCAUGUUAUGGUGAGCAGCAUAUCAAUGCAUUUCAGUUGGUGAAGGACCUGGGAUUAGCAGUGGAGUUGACUCUAGAUUUCAGGAAAGAUUCUCCUACUGAUUUCGUGAAGGCAGAGGAUAUAACAAAGGCAGUGAAAUACGUGAUGGAAGAAGGUAGUGAAUACAGAAACAGGGCCGAAGCAGCAAGUGAAAUGGGAAGACGAGCUCUGUUAGAGGGUGGAUCUUCAGAUGUUGCUUUUGGACGUUUGAUUGAACAAUGGCUACGAAACAAGCCUUGA